CAGAAUUUAAAGAUGUCAAAAAACCCAGGAACUACAAGUACUGGUCAGAUGAUGAAGUCAAAAAGAUACUCGAAUGGUUUAAUUUACCUGAAAAUGAAGGUAAACUGGCACGUAAUAAAGCGCAAGCGUGUAGAGAAGUUGCCAAAGAAUUAUUUGAUGGGGAUGAAUAUAUGGCAAUAUCCGUUAGAUCAAAAUUGAUGUCACUCGAGAAAAACUUUAGAGAAGUAGAACAAUUGACUAAAAAGUUGAAUGAUCCAAUAUCAAAUCAAGAGAAAGCAUUAAUUCAAGAUUGUAAACAAUUAUUUGGAAAACCAGAUUCAAGAAUACCUUCUGUCCAAACAUCACCUAGCGUCAUCCCAUCUCCUAUUCAUAAUAACACAUCACAGCAUCCUCCUCCACCUUUGAUCUAUCAUGCUUCAGAUCAACCCAAGUUACCUCAUUUGGAUAAAGACCGUCUUCGAGAACUAUCUCACCCGAUAUCACUGCCUUCAUCGUCCUGGUAAAAUAGAAUGCCACUUCCGCGACUCUCGAUAGGUUCAAUAGAGGACAAUGAGACAAGGAAGCGAAGAACAAGUGACUGCAGUGAGUCGUCCGGUCACAGCCAUUGUGACUCCAAUGUUAAAAUUGCUCGAUAUCAAGCCAGACAAGCAUCCUAUGCUGC